CUCUCUCUCUCUCUCUCUCUCUCUCAGUCCUGUGAGCAGACAGACUUUCUUGAGAUGUGUGUGGGGGUAUUUCAAUCUAACUAGUGUUGCCUGUGGAUCAGACAUCAGCAGCAGAUGGACAGACGACUCAGCUCGCCUGACACAGAGCUGCUGUCAAGUGCAUCAUGAACCUGCAGCCUGUCACAAGGAGGAAGCAAUAUUUAGAUUUGAUUUGGCCUCAGAUGUGAGUAAAGAAAUCCUUCUCCUGGCACUGCAGCAGCCGUAAUGAACCCCACCUGAAUGAUCUCCGCAUCGUUGACUACAAGCAGCGGCGAUGUUGUCCCUCUUCCCCCCCUGAUGUAUCCAAGGAGCAGCCACCUCGCGGUCACACCCAGUACAUUUCCACGAGAACAUGACCUCCCCAUGUGGACAACAACAGCUCUCCUUACAGAACAGUCAAAUGUUGUGCGAGGGGGAGCAAAGGAAUUGGGCGUCCACCGCUCCAACAAUGAGCGGGACAAUACUGGUGCAAGAGUCUUUUGUGUGAGGUCGGUUUAGGUUUUCCUGAGGCAGGAGGUCGCAUUGUGCGGCUCGGACCCGAAGGUGAAGUACAGACAGGACAUGUGUUGGGUAACAGACAGAGGCCUGGAGCUCAAGGGGGCCGACUCGCCUUUUGCUCUGAUGUUAGAUAACGCCCGUGUAAACCUCUCUUUGUGACAGCACCUGCUCUCUGCAACAUUUAUGUGUAAAUAAUUCCCACCACGAAAACUCCCAGUCGAAGCCUCCCAGUCAACUCGGCUUGAUGUCUUAUUUUUUCUGUUGCUCGGCGCUCGUCUCUAGGCGGCGGAUCUCGUCAAACCUGUAUGAGGACAUGUUUGACAAACGCUCAGGCAGGUAAGACAGUUGUAGUCUGUGGGCAGACUCCUGUGUCUCGCUCCCUGUCCUCCAUCAAUGCUUCAUUUACCCCCAAAAAAACCAAAACAACUGUGGAUGAUGCCUUUAAUGAUUGUGCAGAAAAAAUACCGGACAUCCUUCAGGUUGGAACAAAGAUGGGGAAAGUUUCUGACACUGUUUCCUUUGCACAAAGGGAACUUGCCUCAUUUUUACUGUUAUUUAUAAAAGAAUGAUGUAAUAAAUAAUUGUACUGUUUUGUACUUCAGGCAGCGCUGACGGCGAUUACUCAAGUUAUUGACUGUUGAACCUUUCGUUCAUCUGAUUGCGGCUGAAGUGGAGAAACAAGCCUCCCCACUAUCACACCGCCGGCUAUUGUGUUGUAAAAAACACCACGGCGGAGAGAUAAUGAACAGAUAAUUUUGCUUCACUUAUGAAAUAGCAUUCUUAUAUCUGUUGAGGCUCAGUCAGAUCUACUCAGUCAGCAAAAAAAAAUCUCUGCCGUCACUUUCAGAUCGUCAUAAAAUAUUUCAGCAUUUAUUGGAGAUCAGGCUCAGAAACUAAACGUACAGUGUAGCACUGUGUAUUUUAAGGUGAACAUCCCCUCGGACAGCUGCAUGUGUUGUUUUGUUGGUGUUGGGCACGUGGGAGGAGCCUGGUGAUAGUCGUCCAGUUAGCAGAGGGCGUUCCCUCACUCACCUGGAGGAGGAAGAGACGACUGUGUCUGUCCAUCCGACAGUGUUAGUGUGAGGAGGAUGCUGAGCUCUGUAGGUGUUGUGACAAUGGCGUCUGAUAGUGCCUUGGAGGUGUAUAAGGAGAUGGUCCUGCUGUACCUGGACGAGGGCCGGCGGCAGGUCAACUCGCGCUGCGCGGACCUGGAGCCGUGGCAGAUCAUCGGAGCGACAGUCAUCACCACACUGGGAGCAGUCUGGGUCAAAGGCUUCCUCUUCCAGCAAGAAAGUCUCACAUCGCGAAUCAAGAAGCAGUGCUUUCGAAUCAUCAGACGAAUCCCCUACAUCGGCGUGGCAAUCCAGAGCCAGCUGAACAAGGCUUUGGACGACAUGUCCGCCAGUCUUUGUACUCUGAAGAAUGGGAUGAGCUACACCAGACAGCUGCCACCUAAAGGUCUUUCUCAGAACCAAGUGCUGGACAAGAUCAGAGAGUAUGAGACUCUGAAUGAGGUUCAGUGGGAGAAGGGCUGUGUUUCAGGCGCAGUGUACUGGGGCGAUGAAUCCCUGACCAAAUUCCUCGUGAAGGUGUAUGGAGAUUUUGCGUGGAGCAAUCCGCUUCACCCAGACAUCUUUCCAGGCGUAAGAAAGAUGGAGGCAGAGGUUGUUAGAAUGGCCUGCACGCUUUUCCACGGGGGACCGAACUCCUGUGGCACAGUCACUUCAGGGGGAACUGAGAGUAUACUGAUGGCCUGCAAGGCAUACAGAGACAUGGCGUAUGAACGCGGUGUCAAAUACCCUGAAAUUCUCGCACCUUUGAGUGUCCACGCUGCCUUUAACAAAGCAGCACAUUACUUUGGGAUGAAGCUUGUUCAUGUUCCCCUUGAUAAGAAAACAAUGAAAGUAGACGUGAAGGCUAUGAAGAGGGCCAUCAACAAGAACACGGCCAUGCUCGUGUGCUCAGCGCCUCAGUUUCCUCAUGGAAUCAUUGAUCCCGUUGAGGAAUUAGGCGAGCUGGCUGUACGCUACAACCUCCCGCUGCACGUGGACGCCUGUCUCGGAGGUUUUCUCAUUGUCUUCAUGGACAAGCUCGGUUAUCAACUCGCCCCGUUCGACUUCAGGGUAAAAGGUGUAACCAGCAUCUCUGCAGACACCCACAAGUAUGGCUACGCUCCAAAAGGCUCCUCGGUGAUCCUGUACAGCGAUAACAAAUACCGCCACUACCAGUACUUUGUAGCUCCAGACUGGCAGGGGGGAAUCUACGCCUCGCCCUCGAUAGCGGGCUCCAGGCCAGGAGGAAUCAUCGCUGCCUGCUGGGCGACCAUGAUGCACAUGGGAGAGAACGGAUACUUGGAUGCCACCAGGAAGAUCAUCAGCACAGCUCGCAGAAUCACCAGAGAAGUCAAUAAGAUAGAAGGUGUGUUUGUGUUUGGGGAACCGGAGGUGUCGGUGGUGGCAAUAGGCUCAGACGUUUUUGAUAUUUUCCGUCUGUCUAAUGCUCUGACGUCGAAGGGCUGGAAUCUGAACACACUACAGUUCCCAUCCAGCAUCCACAUUUGUUGCACGGUCCUGCACACCCAGCCAGGGGUGGCAGAUCAGUUCAUCCGUGAUGUCCAAGAGCAGGCCGCCAUUAUCAUGAAGAACCCCUCAGAGAAAACCACAGGAAUGGGAGCGAUCUACGGCAUGGCCCAGUCCAUCCCAGACAGAUCUAUGGUGACGGAGAUCUCCAGAGGCUUCCUUGACUGUCUCUACAGCACUGAGGUGCGCAAGUCAGACACCAGCCACAUGAACGGCAAUGGCAAAGCCCACUGAAACAGGAUCGGGCCCUCGCAGCCCGACUGCAUGCUUGCCUCCACCCUUAGAGCUCAGAGUGAAUCGCUCCACAGUUGCCUUAUCUUGCACACCUACAGCAUAUGAAAUCUUCUGCAAAGCUCUACGAAACCACAAGCCAUUCUUCAUUGGAAUCAGCCCGCGGGAUAAAUCACUUGUAAUACUGUGUCUGAACGGCACAGAAAAGUGACAGGUUCCAAACACGUGCUUAGUCUUUUCAUUUGAUUAACUCAGUGUCGUAGAAGUGUAUUAUAUUUUAUGCUUUUCAUGUUCAUUUCAGUGUUUUUGCUGUUGUUUAUGCGCAUAUUCGUCAUAAUCUCUUACUGAUUUCACAGUGAAACCGUUCAGUUUUGUUUUGUUUUUUUUAAAAUUCCAAAACAUUUCAGCUUGACAUCACCGCUUUAAAAUCAGUGAUGUCUCAGCAAAAACACAGACCACUGAGAGUUUGUCAGAAAAGCCCUCUAGCAUGAAAGCCGAUGUACUGCUCUCGACUGGCUGCACACGUGAAGGUGUGACGAAGGUGCAAUCUCUUCAUUGUCGUGCAGUGACAGUUGUCUGGAAUAUAGCAUUUAAAUGAAAAGUCACUACAAGAACAUAUCAGGUUUAUCUGUAAAUCAAAGACGGUUGUCCGACGUUAUGUAGCAGUUUGUAAUCACGAUCACCCUGUCUUCGUUUUUGAGCAGUUCGUAUGAUGAUAUCGUGUUUGUUUAAAGUCUACAUGUGUGGUCCAUCUACAGGGGCCAGAUUUGUAGACAGAGGGAGAAUAAUUUGGAUAGUGGGAGCUUUUAUUGUAAUGAUCAUUAGAAUGAAAAUAUUUUUAGAUAGGGGAAAAAGUAAGCCGGGCGGCAAUUUUUUAAAGUGGAAUCCGGACAUUAUCAGGCACAUCCAUUAUUUUGGUGAUUUUUUUCAACAAAAAAAAAUCACUUGUAAAGCAAUGAAACCUAAAAUCCCUUAACAGACUCUUUCACCUGUUUACUACCUUCUUUUAAUAAUUUGUCUCCUAAUUCAAUCUACCUCACUUUCUACUCGAUGCAAAUCAUUCAUCCACUGAAACACAUUCUGACGGGGCAACUGUUUUAUUUUCCAUUUCUAGCGUAAACGUCACAAUUGUAGGACAUCUGGUAGUCAUUAGUAAGUUUGCUUACAUCUACUGAUGCUUAAAGGAAACGGCUCCACUGUGAUGGAACUUUUUGAUGGAUAGACUUAGGAUAUGUACUCAUUCACUUAUAGGCCAAUAACUUAACCAAGCAUACUGUAACACCAAAAGGACCUUGUGUUCUCUUUAUCUCAUGUGCUCUCCUAAUAUUGCUUGCUGAAAUUGUUUAUUCCCGUGAAAUUAUUUUCAUGUUUGUGCAAUAUGUAACUUUUCCUCUUUAUGAAUGAGAAACGACAGGGAAUGCUCCACUAUUAAUGUUUUACGAGAUUCGUUGUUAUAGAAGUGUAGUAUGGAAUGACGGCUCGUCAGCCUUGUUGGUGUAAUUCAACCAUUUGGGUUUAUUAGUGACUUAACCUGUGAGUCUUUGUCAUGACUGUUUUUACAUACUGAGCAGUUUUAAUGAGAUGAGACGUGAAUGUAUUAAGGUUAUUAAAUGCACAGGGAUUUUUUAAGAAAUCUUUUAAUCAGCUUCCUGGUAAAAAAGACUGAUGACAGAAGACAGGUCGUAACACCCCCACUAACGAUUGAAGCUCAUACUAUCAUGGGUGUCCGUCAAUCCAUGCAUCCUUAAAUACCCCAGCCUUUGACGGGAUGUGAAAACCUAUGUACGUGCAAAACAAGGGCUUUUCCAACAAUGACUCAACCUGAUUGCUUCGGAGACACGUCCUCAAAAAGUGUGAUGAUUGAAUGGCCACAAAAUCUUCUUUUGAAUAAAAACUUUUAAUGCACA